CUCCCAUGCGACAUCCAGAUGGAGAUGAUGCGCCAUCUGGACACCUUCAAAACACUACACUCCUUCCUGCUCGUCUUCCCAGACCAAACCGACCUGUUCACAGCCUACUUUCAGACCUUCAUCCAAUCCAUUUCAGAAUGCUUCUUCCAACCAGAUCAACGACGACUGUUCUACACCAUCCUCUCAGCCCACUUCCUGCAUCCCCUAGAAGACCAUCUCAGAUUCUUCAUGGCAGAGUACUUCCGCCUACCAGAAAUACCACACUCACUCACUCUCCCACCCUUCCCUGCGCCGAGGACAUAAUAAGCAGAAACGAGCCCUGUCAGACAGACCUGACUCAGGAGAUGCUUCAAUCCCGCCACCUCCUCCUCCACCUCCAAUUCAAAGAAGAACUAUUCUCCCGUCUCCCUGAAUGCCAGCUACCCUCUGCGAUAAAGAGGUUCCGAUCGUAUUAUACUCUCCACCAGAGCUAUCACGAAACAAAAUUGACCGGGGUCCUGGUACACUGGAUGCGCCAGAAGUUGGGCUUGGACGGGGAACCUGUCGAGGAGAGGUAUAUUCGUGUCGUCGAUAUCGAGCCUUCGUCUGGAGAAUAUGCAGGGCUUCCGUUGCUACAUCGGCUUGCGGGGGGUGGUAUUUGUUCUGAAGAUGGGAUACGAUAUAUUCAGCAUUUUACGAGGGUGAAUAAGAGCUCAAUGGGAGUGAGAGGAAGUGAUAAGUUGCGCAUUCCAGGGCCAUGGUCCAAGAAGUAAAGAAUUUCUGAGAAGACAAUGCUGUUUGCUUCUCCGUUGUUAUACCCAUUCGCUGUACUCCGUACUAGCUACCAAUAUGAUAGA